AUGUCGUCUGCAGCUGCCAGUGAAGGCAUGAAGCGCAAGGCUUCGGAGGAAGCCGAUUCCCCAGAUUCCAAGCAGCGGAGCAAGAAGGCGCGUACGGAGUCCCCGGAGAGAGAGGCAAAGGAUGAACCGGCUGAAGAACAGCCGCUCAAGAUCGUUCCCUUCCCUGAGAAGGUGCUAACAUGCGACAAUCAGCCUGCCGUUCUCGAGGAACGCCGCGGAGAAAUCGAGUUCCGUGUUGUCAACAAUGACGGUUCCCGGGAGAGCUUUAUCAUUCUUACGGGUCUGAAGUGCAUCUUCCAGAAGCAGCUGCCCAAAAUGCCUAAGGAUUACAUUGCACGACUCGUGUACGACAGGGCCCAUCUUUCCAUCGCUAUUGUCAAGAAGAAUCCGCUAGAGGUUGUUGGUGGUAUUACAUACCGUCCAUUCAAGGGCCGCAAGUUCGCAGAAAUCGUCUUCUGCGCCAUUUCCUCCGAUCAACAAGUUAAGGGUUACGGUGCACACCUCAUGUCUCACCUUAAGGACUACGUGAAAGCGACCUCGGACGUGAUGCAUUUCUUGACCUAUGCCGAUAAUUACGCCAUUGGUUAUUUCAAGAAGCAAGGGUUCACGAAGGAGAUCACGCUGGACAAGUCGAUCUGGAUGGGAUACAUCAAGGAUUACGAGGGAGGAACUAUCAUGCAGUGUACCAUGCUCCCCAAGAUCCGAUAUCUGGAGGCGGGCCGGAUGCUCCGCAAACAGAAAGAGGCAGUCCAGGCCAAGAUUCGUGCCUUCAGCAAGUCUCACAUCGUCCACCCACCGCCAAAGGAGUGGAAGAACGGCGUGUGCAAGAUCGACCCUCUGAGCAUUCCGGCUAUCAAGGAGUCCGGUUGGUCCCCAGAUAUGGACGAGUUGGCGCGUCAACCGCGCCAUGGACCGAAUUACAAUCAGCUACUGCACCUUCUCAAUGAUAUGCAGAACCACUCGGCGGCUUGGCCGUUUACCCAACCGGUCAACCGUGAUGAGGUUCCCGACUACUACGAAGUCAUUAAGGAGCCCAUGGAUCUGUCGACCAUGGAAGAAAAGCACGAGAAGGACAUGUACCCGACGCCGCAGGACUUCAUCAAGGAUGCAAUGUUGAUUUUCGACAAUUGCCGGAAAUACAACAGCGAGAACACUCCAUAUGCAAAGAGCGCCAACAAGUUGGAGAAGUUUAUGUGGCAGCAGAUCAAAAACAUCCCGGAGUGGGCGCAUCUUGCGGAGGGCCAUUGA